GUUUGCUUGGAUAAGUCCAGUGAAAUUUGCCAGGAAGAAGCAGCACCAGGAUUUCUGCAGCACAUUUCUCUGGCUGCAGGAUAUUUUCGUAAGCGGGGAGGACCUCUCCAACGGCGCUCGGCUCAGAAGAGGAACUUCAGUGCAGAGAGAGAAGAAACAGAGGUCACUUCUGCACCAAAGCAUCUCCCGCCAGCCCACACGGCAUCCUACCUGCACUGACCGCCAGCUGUUAAAGAGAAGAGCUGGCUCGGAGAGGGGCUGAAAAUGGGAAGAUUUCUGGGUGUCAGCCAUUACCACUGCUUCCUCGUGCUGUUCUUCAUCACUUCUCUGAGCCCCGUGGGCCUAGCCCAGUAUGAAUACUGGCCCUAUUAUUCUGGCUACCCUGAGCCACCCCAGCCAGAAUACCACGCCCCCCAGCUUCCCCCCAAAGCCAAGCGGAAGCACAACGAAGGGCGGCUGGAGGUGCUCUAUAACGGAGAGUGGGGCACGGUGUGUGACGACGACUUCUCCAUCCACGCCGCCAACGUGGCCUGCAAGGAGAUGGGCUACAUGGAGGCCGUGUCCUGGGUGUCCGGCGCCAAGUAUGGAAAGGGAGAAGGCACAAUCUGGUUGGACAAUGUCCACUGUACUGGCAAAGAGGUGACGCUGGCAGCGUGUACCAGCAACGGCUGGGGCGUCUCAGACUGCAAACACACCGAAGACGUGGGCGUAGUCUGCAGUGACAAGAGAAUCCCUGGCUUCAAGUUUGACAAGUCGUAUCUCAACCAAAUAGAGAGCAUGAACAUCCACGUGGAGGACAUACGGUUCCGCGGCAUUAUCGCUGCCUACCGCAAGCGCCUGCCUGUGACAGAGGGCUACGUGGAGGUGAAAGACGGAGGGGUCUGGAAGCAGAUCUGUGACAGACACUGGACCGCAAAUAAUUCUCGGGUUGUCUGUGGCAUGUUUGGAUUUCCGGGCGAGAAGAAAUACAACGCCAAGCUCUACAAGAUGUUUGCCAGCAAGAGGAAGCACAGAUACUGGGCUUACUCCAUGGCCUGCUCCGGCAAUGAAGCUCACAUCUCCAGCUGCAAACUGGGCCCCCACCUCAGCAUGGAUGCCGAGCGGAACGUCACCUGUGAAAACGGCAUGCCAGCCGUGGUGAGCUGGGACCCAGGACGUGCCUUUGCGCCCAGUGGCCACAGUGGCUUCCGAAGAGCCUACAGGCAGGCGCAGCCCCAGGUGCGGCUGAGAGGCGGGGCCAAGGCUGGAGAAGGCAGAGUGGAAGUGCUGAAGAACGGGGAAUGGGGAACAGUUUGCAGCGAUGGGUGGAAUCUGAUUACGGCCACUGUGCUCUGCCGAGAGAUGGGCUACGGGAGCGCCCAGGAGGCUAUCACAGGCGCGAGGCUCGGGCAAGGAAUGGGUCCCAUUCACCUAAGUGAAAUACACUGUACGGGCUUUGAGAAAUCCAUCACAGACUGCAAGUUCAACACCGGGUCGGUGAAUUGUGGCCAUGAAGAAGAUGCUGGUGUAAGGUGCAACAUUCCAGCCAUGGGUUACCAGAAUCAGGUAAGAAGCCAAACUAGGUCCAACCCCUUCGAGGGCCGGGUGGAAAUCCUCGUGAAGCGCAACGGCACGCUGAAGUGGGGGACUAUUUGCAGCCAAAACUGGACCAUCGUGGAGGCCAUGGUGGCGUGUCCGCCUUUCAGGUACCUCUCCUCUCUGCGGCGUGCGCGCUGGGGGGAGAGAAGCGAGGGUUCCUCAGGCCUGGGAGUAUCCAUGGAGCAGGAAACGUGGUACUGGUACGGCGACGUCAGCGCCCACGACGUGGUCAUGAGCGGCGUGAAGUGCUCUGGGACGGAGAUGACGCUGGCGCAAUGCCGGCACGAUGGCGCCCAGGUGUUGUGCCCCAGAGGUGGUGGUCCUUAUGCUGCAGGGAUUUCCUGCACAGACACUGCCUCGGACCUGGUGAUCAAUGCCGAAGUGGUGCAGCGAACCGCCUACGUGGAGGACCGCCCGAUGAUCAUGCUGCAGUGCGCGCUCGAGGAGAACUGCCUGGCCACCUCAGCCGUCAACACAUCCAUCUCCUCCGGGCACAGGCGGCUCCUCCGCUUCUCCUCCCAGAUCCACAACAACGGGCAGGCAGACUUCCGCCCCAAGAACGGCCGCCACGCCUGGGUGUGGCACGACUGUCACAACCACUAUCACAGCAUGGAGGUUAACCUCAACGGUACCAAGGUGGCGGAAGGACACAAAGCCAGUUUCUGUUUGGAAGACAUCGAGUGCGAACAAGGUGUGAAGAAAGAGUACCUCUGCGCUAAUUUUGGGGAGCAAGGAAUCACCGUUGGUUGCUGGGAUGUCUAUCGGCAUGAUAUUGACUGCCAGUGGAUCGACAUUACCGACGUCCCGCCAGGAUCUUACAUAUUCAUGGUGAGGAUUAACCCCAACUAUGACGUUGCGGAAUCGGAUUAUACCAACAACGUGAUGAGCUGCAAGUGCCAAUACGACGGCACGCGCAUCUGGAUGCACGAUUGCCAUAUAGGUGGCUCCAUAAGCCAAGACACACAACAGAGUCAGUUCAAUGGACUCACAAAUAACCAAGUGUCUACUUGGUAGACCAGCCGGCCUCCCAUCAUCUAUUUAAAGGAAGCAGGGAUGCCUCUUUGUGACUUCCCUAACCACUGCACAGGAAAAGAAACCAAGUAAACUACCAUGGACUUUCCUUAGCAUUGUAAGUUAUUCUCAGUGAUACUCUCCACACAGAGUUUGCUUUGUCACUUCUCACUCUUAAUACUGAGAUGAUUUGGGACCAGACUUUAAUUCCACUAGGCCCCGCGUCCCUGCAACUAGGGCGUCACAUCCACCUAGUCUAACCUGUUCACUGGAGACUCCUUCCCACCUUGCAAGUUCAUCUGCGCAGGUCCAGGCUGCAGUAAGCAGAUUGCAAAGGUGGUGAUUUCCUUUGGGGUAGGACAACCACCAAGUAUCCAUACCAUUGACUGUGUUUAAACACCCAUUCCUCUCAGCUGCCUUGCUCCUCUCUCAGUAUCUUUAAGCUUUGAGUCUGAACACGCGCCACGGAUGUGAAAACGGACAUUGUGACAUUGCUUUUCUAAAGGCACUUAAAUCCAACUCGUUCUCAGACCUGCCCUGGAAACACCCCAUUCAGCACCUAGUUAAGAAAAACUGGAGCAGCCUUCUGAGAACAGAAAAGCGCAAAGUAUUUUAUUACUGUGACAGCUUGUUCAUUUCAAACGCUCCACUCACAGCACGAUCUUUAAAAGGAGCAUCUAAACAUGGCUGUGCCAUGUUCUCUGUAUCAUCACCAGAAUUCCAAAAAGCCACAUGUCAAUUACGAAGUCUAGAACUGGAAAAGUCCCAUUAUUGAGUACCCUUCCUUGUGUUGGGAGACUAGCAAUGGGAAUUUCUGUUGCACAAUAAGCAGUUUGUGCAAGUGAUUUGCAUAUGCAUCUAUUUCCUUCCAACAUCUUUAAGAAAAAUAUUACACCUCUACCUUUUCAUUAAAGGGCGAGUAUAACUUCUUAUACAAGUAGAACAUCUUCAGUCUGGCACUCACUUGUCCAGCAUGAUCUUAGUUAGCUAGAUGUCCACUUAUAAUGAGUGUGGCCAACUUUCCCGUGGUCCCACAAAGUUUCUUUACAGCCACCAGUCCUGGUUCUCAGUGUUCUGUGCUGUUAUUUAGCUCUAAUUUGCCCCUGAAUGUCUUCUAAGGGCCCGGUAAGCAGUGGCAGAGUUGGGAAUGCUGCUAGACAAUACUGACCUCCCAUGCUCCAGCAAAAUUCUCUGGUUUGGUUCUGGUCAGGUCCCAAAGGUGCCAGACUAAAGAGGUUCAACCUGUAUCAUCAACAUACUUUUAGAAAGAUAGCAAAGGCCAAUAAGUUAUCAGGUAUCUGGAUCUUGCAUUAUGUCAGAUCACCUGUGUAAGCGAUUUUUUAAAGAUUUUGACACUUUAUGCAUUUACCAAUGGUGCUAAGUGCGUUCCUCUGAGGACGCACGUUGCUACACAUCUUCAGGCACACACCUACUUGAAUAAAAAUCUGCUUUGCCCAGAAAAGGCGUUUUAGAUGCCAUUUUUGUGCAUGUUCCAGGGGCUUGCUGUGUGAGUCACCAAACCUGAGCCCUGGUCGCUCCUUAAAGUUACAGCAAGGGCAGGUGUUACGGCUGCCAAAAAGCGUGGCGCAGCAGCCGAUGCAAUCGCAUCCUGUAGUGCUAAGAAAAGUUCCUCUCCCACUGCGUUAGCUGAAAGGCUCAAAACAGAGGAAAAACUGUGAAACUGACUAGACGCAAAGCGCUGUCAAAUGCAAAGAGGGAAAUCACUUGGGUGUGCAAUAAGAUAAAACAGUUCAGUCCAAAGCGUGACUGGCGUUGGCUGUGUCCCUUUAACCUCAUGUUUGCACUCCACAACCUACCUCGCAGCGGUGUUGUGAGGCUUAAGGAAUGCCUGCUAAGUCCUUUGCUAAUGCCUAUCCAAGUAUUUAUUUGAUAAAUACGAAGUUAUUCCUCUCUGCCUGGAGGGAGGCAACUGGCAAAAGCUUUUCACCAACACAUUCUGGAGAGCUCCUUUUUGUUCUAAAGAGGGGAGACUUUGCGAAAGGCCUGAAAUAUGCUCAAAUAACCUGAGCUUCUGCAGGGGCAGUCGGGCGGCAUCUCUAGGGCUCGGUGCUACAAGCUCUGCUCGGCUUCCCCUCCCACGCCAUCAGUGGGUCAGAAUGCUCCUUGAAAUACUGCACCACACAAACCGGGGUGCGCUGGUUCAAUGCCGCGCACCACAAAACCAGACGCUGUCGCAUGCACGUGCUCCGGAUCAGUUCUGGGGUAUAACUUUAUUUUGACAAACAUCCGCUUUACACGUGGCAGUAAACAGUAAACAGCUAUUGACUCCCGCAAAUGCGUUGCUCUGUGUUUCUUGCUUGCAAUCCAGCAGAGGCCACAAGUGUUCCCUCCCCGCAACCCACAUCCUAGGGCAGCUCUUACUACAGGUGUUGCCUUUUAAAAGAAUGGAGUGCUCAGAUAACGGUGUGGAGACAGCCCCACGGCAGACCACUGGUGUGAGGCUGAGAUUCCCAACCACACCCAACUGGGUAGGAGCCACUUUGGCAGGGUGCUGCUAGACACCUGCUGGGGAACAAGAUAAGAUGCUCUCCAUAGUAAAGAGCUAGUUUUAUGGUUGCCUCCAUACCCUGGAUUAGCGAGACAGCCUGUUUCCCAGAAUGCAACAAAGGGGGUUCAACAACAACAGUCAACUUAUUCCCUUCCCCCCGUUUAAAGAAAACCUCCACAAACAGCACCCUACUGGCAACUCACUGGUCAGCAAGCAGUUCGCUAUGCCACCCGGGCUCCUUCCAAGCUCGGCUUCGGCUCAGAUCCAGUUUCCUCUUCCUGGUCCAGGUUCUCAGGCUGGAGCACGUCACCGCCUGAGACUCUCUGCUUCUUGUGCCGCAGGCCCAGAGCCCUGGUCACCAGCCUCCUGGCCACGGCGGUGUCUGUCUGGGGUCUCUCUUUCGCCAGCUGAAGGAGCUCUGCAGAACACAGAUGAGCAAUCAAGCAAAAUGGUGGCGAGGGGGAAAGUCUCCCUAAUUCAAUCCUCUGAUUGUGAGACUCCUAAACUACGUGACUGGGAGGAAGACGCUCUGGGCUUUGUUACCAGCUCUUCCCCAGAGGCACCAAGCAAUUCCAGGCAAGUCAUUCCACCUCUAGGUCUCCACCACUGUAAUAGGCAGAGAUUUCGAGGCAAAGUCUUAUAUUCAAGUGGCUUAAAAGCUGCUCCCUUCCUGCAGGGGUAGACACCAAGAAAACAAGUUUCAGUGUAAAAGUCUUAGAGGGGGAGCUGUGUUCAUCUGGAACUUUAAAAAAAACAAGUAGUCCUGUAGCACCGUAGAGACUAACAAAAAUAGAGAGUGAGAGUAUCAUGAGCUUUUGGGGACAAAACCCACUUCCUCGGGUGAGCAGAGUGGAGAACGAAGGGGAAACCUCACCAUUUCUGUUCUUUUUCUGCUAUAAAUGGUGAAGUUCCCCCUUCUUUCUCCACUCUGCUCAUCUGAAGAAGUGGGUUUUGCCUACAAAAGCUUGUGGUACUAUAGCUAUAUAUUUGUGUUAGUCUCUAAGACUAUGUUUAAACUGCAACGCUAAUUCGAGAUACCGGAAGUAUCCUGAAAUAGCUACCCUGCGUCUUAACAGAAAGCCCGUUAUUUUGAAAUAGAACAGGCUCGUUAUUCCAACAUCCCUGUAAGCCUCAUUCCAUGAGGAGUAAGGGGCAUUUUGGAAUAGCAGGUUAUUUCUAAAUUAAUUACGGAAUAAGCUAUUUCAAAAUUGACUUGAAAUAAGCUAUGCAAUUUGCGUAGCUCCAAUUUUAUAGCUUAUUUCAAGCUACAGGUGUAGUGUAGAUGCACCCUAAGGUGCUACAGGACUACUCCUUGAUUUCAGUUUGGACACUUGCUCUGAAAGCCUCGUUAUAACCCCACAGCAUGGGAACGCCCAACCCUUCAACUGCUACGCUUUCAUACAUUUGAAAAGGCAUUUUUUAAGGGCCCAUUUGCCAGAAGUGACUGGCAAAUGCUGCUUGUUCAAGUUUCAGAGCAGCUUACCCUAAAUAUAUAUAUUUUUUAAUUUACCAAAUCCAAAACUUCAGGCUGAAUAAGUCUUUAUUUAGUGUACAGUGGAGUUGAUGGCACUAUAGUUAUUUAACUGUUUGCAGACUUGAAGUUAUCCAGUGAGCAUUCUGAUCUUUGCUUGAGCUGCUAAAUUGUUUUUAAAAGAACCCCAAAGAAAGCCCAACGGCAGGGAAGAAAAAAAAACCCACACGUGUGGGACAGAUUCAACAUAUCCCCAGCUUGAAAAAUAAAUUGCCAAUUAUUCUUGACAAGGUUUUAAAGGAGACACAGUCAACUAAUUUAAUUAAAAAUAAAAUUUUGCUCAGAUUCAAACAAACAUUCCUCUCCACCGUAAAUCUCCUACCCCGAGCCUAGUGCGUGAGAAUCAGGAAGUAAAAUAGGUGAGUCCCCUCACCAGAUGAGAGUAACAUGGGAAAAGCAAACCAGAGUCUUUGACAUUUCAGUCUUAAGAAUCUCUAGCCAUGCUAGAGUCAGGAAGUGCCAGUAUCCUUUUAAAUCAUCAAUACUGAAAUUUGUGUUGACUGCAAUGUACUGUAUAAAAGCAGUAUAAUUAUAUGUACAGUAAAAUCUUUAUAUGGCUACAAGAUUCAUGGCAUUUUUCACUUAUUGCGGCAAGCGUAACUGAUUACAGUGUGAUUUUAAAAAGCAAUACAAUGAACUGAAUGUUAACUAUCAAUGGCUAAGCUUAAACAACAAUUUUAUCUGCGGCUGCUAUUGAAUAAUAAAACGAUGCCAACCACAAAGAA